AUGGACUUCCUCAAGUCAGCCGUCGCGUCUGCCAUCGCGAAAGGCAGUUCCUUUCCCGUUUCACUGGGUGAUAGAGUGGACAUUGGCGACUCUAUCUGGGCGCUGCAUAAUGGAACAAGACGAGAAGAUGGCUCCAAUUGCAGUGUCUUCACUUUCGAUAUUGCGGCGAACAAAUCUCGACUACCUCUCGCGAAGAAUGCCGUGCGCAAGUCAAGAACAUUGCGGCACCCGGGUGUGAUCAAGGUCUUGGAUACGAUCGAAAAUGAGACGAAUCUUUACAUCAUCACGGAAAGGGUGGUUCCGCUUCAAUGGCAUGUGAAACGACGCAGCAUCAGCGAAGAGACCGCAAAAUGGGGGAUAUACGCGAUCUCGUCAACGCUUAAAUUCAUCAACGAAGAUGCAUCCUCGGUACACGGCGCCGUCCGUGCAUCCUCGAUCUAUACGAGUGAAAGUGGAGAAUGGAAGCUUGGUGGAUUCGAUAUUCUGAGCUCCAUGAAAGAGGACGAUGCGGUAAUCUACACAUACGGAAGCCUUGUACCUGAUGCAGCCCGCUUCACCCCGCCAGAAGUCACAAAAGGUGGCUGGGAAGCCAUCAAGCGCCAUCCACUGGCCGCAGUGGACGCCUACGGUCUUGGAAUUUUAGUCUUCGAGGUUUACAACGGCAACUUCGCCGGGGCAAACCCGAAAUUACGACUCAGCCCAGCACACUUUGUAGAGCAAGGCAAGAAAGAGGGUGGCUUCUUCCAAACACCUCUAAUUCGACUGACGGAGGACAUGGCGAAUUUGGGGCUCAAGACUGAGGCCGAGCGCGACGAAUUCAUCAACGAACUCGAUAACCUGUCCGACGAUUUCCCGGAGGAUUUCUUUAAGAUGAAAGUCCUUCCCGAGCUGCUAAAGUCGGUCGAGUUUGGCGGCGGUGGGCCCAAGGUGCUCAGCGCCAUCUUGAAAAUCGGAUCAAAGCUCUCAGCAGAUGAAUUCAACGCAAAAGUGACACCCGCAAUUGUUCGGCUCUUUGGAAACCCUGACCGUGCCAUACGGGUAUGUCUGUUAGACAAUCUACCGCUGAUGAUUGACAACCUGCCGCAGAAGGUUGUGAACGACAAAAUCUUCCCGCAAAUGACGACUGGUUUCACAGAUGUUGCUCCUGUGGUUCGUGAACAGACUGUCAAGGCAGUCUUGCCGAUCAUCAACAAACUCAGUGACAGGGUCAUCAACGGAGACUUGCUCAAAUUUUUAGCCCGCACAGCAAAUGAUGAGCAACCUGGUAUCCGCACUAACACCACAAUCUGUCUGGGUAAAAUUGCCAAGAAUCUGGGACAAAGUACUCGCUCCAAGGUACUCAUUGCCGCAUUUGGUAGAUCUAUCAGGGAUCCAUUCGUCCAUGCACGAAACGCCGCUCUGCUUGCUCUGGCUGCCACGAUAGACUCAUUCACGGAAGAAGAUUGUGCGGGCAAGAUUCUUCCAGCAAUCUGCCCGGCGCUUCUGGAUAAGGAAAAGCUCGUGCGCGAUCAAGCCAACAAAACCCUCGAUCUGUAUGUUCAGCGUGUGCGAAAAGCGGCCAGCACCAUGGCCGAAACAGUUAUCCCACCACUCACCCAGUCUACCAACGAACCCACUAAAUCAGAUGCCCGCAUCGGAAACUCGACCGACAAAUCCUGGGCUGGAUGGGCCAUUUCAUCUUUCACUAAUAAGCUUGCUGCCGCAGACGGCCAAAUUGCAACCGCGGCGGCCCCUACAAAGGCUGUGGAGGAAAUUCCACGGCCCGCCUCUGUCCCACAUCCCGUCAAUCUUUCGCAGUCUUCUCAGGCUGAGCCUAUCAACAGGUCCCUCCACAAAGUUACACAUCCUUUGGCACGAUCUCAGUCAGAUAGACCCGCUCCUGUGGCUCAGGAACAAGAUGACUGGCACGAUGCCGACGAGGGAGAGGAUGUCUUCGAUGCUUGGGGCGCAAUCAAUGAAGACGAUGAGCAAGCCAUGGAUCCUUUCCCCGAAGCUGUGGCUUCUCCAAAGCCGUCUUUAUCGGAUUCCACAUCGAAAGCAUCCGCUGUUCCUUACGAUGACGGCGGCGAACCUGACUUUGCAGGCUGGUUGGCUGCGAAAAGCCAGGCGAAGACAAAGAAGCCUCUGCCGAAAGGAUUAUCCAAACCUUUGACUACAGGAAAGCCAGCUGCCAAACCUAAACCCGUCGCUUCUUUGAAGAAAAUCGACACGAAGCCCAAGGACGAGGAUAUUGAGGAUGGAUGGGGCGAUGCUUGGGACUGA